UCUGCCGUAGACAUCAGUUAUCGGUAUCAGAAGUGGAAUUCGGAUAAUAUUUUUAAAAAAUGUCUCUCUUCAUACGUUUGACUGUAAUUAGUUUAAUUUUAACUUUAACAAUAUCAGUGGCAUAUACAAAACAAAGUAUUACUUGUUCGGAUUGUACAAAUUCAACAAGUGUUAUUGCUUUGAUUUUGGCUCGAGGUGGUUCUAAGGGAAUUUUGAAAAAGAAUCUUAUGCCAGUUAAUGGUGUGUCGUUAUUAGGAAGAACAAUUCAAACGAUAAAUGCUUCUAAACUAUUUCCAGAAAUAUGGGUUUCAACCGAUGAAGAAGCAAUUAAAAAUGAAGCAACAAAGUAUGGAGCACUCGUUCACAUCCGUCCUGAAAGUGUUUCCAGAGAUUAUACAACUUCAAUUGAUUCAACUCGAGAGUUUAUACAAAAACAUAAAUACAUAAGGAAGUUGGCUCUCUUUCAAUGUACAUCGGUAUUUUUGAAACUUGACUAUGUUAUCAAAGCAUUUGAACUUUUCAAAACUUCUGAAUGUGUUUUUGCUACAACAAGGAGCUUUAAACUUCGAUGGUCAUUAAAUGCUGAUGGAAGUCUGGUUCCAUUGAAUUUCGAUCCUAAAAACCGACCCCGACGUCAAGAUUGGUCUGGUGAAUUAGUUGAAACUGGAAUGUUUUAUUUUGCCAAUCGAGACCUUAUUGAUCAGAAUGUCUUUCAAAGUGAUAGAUGCAGUAAUGUUGUUGUCUCACCCAGAGAUUCAUUGGAAAUCGAUACUGCAAAUGAUUUGAAUGUUGCUCGAUGUCUUGUCGAAAAGGAAAACAUUGCUCUAGGAAAAAACUAAAUAUCAUUUAAAACCAACAACAUUUU